UAGAAGAAAGCUAAAUAUCAGAGGAGAGAGAGACGUUGCAAUCAUUCCACCAAUGGCAUCAUCAUCCAUUCUCAUCCCUCCGAUUCUCUCCGCUUCCAUCAGCCGUCGCAACCUCCUCCUCUCCACCACAAUCGCCACCGUAUCCCCGUCCCCUCAGAUUCCUUCCCCAGACGUAACAAUCACCGAUCGAAUCUUCCUCGAUUUCUCCCUCUGUCCAUCUUACUUCCGCUCCGAUCCCUCAGCCACACUCUCCUCCACCACACCUUGCUCCGACUCCACUCCUCUUGGCCGCGUCGUUCUCGGUCUGUACGGCCGUCAUGUUCCACUCACUGUCUCCACUUUCAAGCUCAUGUGCACUUCCUCCUCUACAUCUUACAAAAACACUCCCAUCCACAAAAUCUUCCCCGGUCAGUUUUUCCUCGCCGGAAGACAAGGAUUACGUCGAGACACGGCGGAGGCUGGUCCUCUUAAUUUGCCUCGAAACACCGACGUCGUCAAUUCCAAGUCGUUCCUCCUCCCUCACGCUCGUCCUGGACUCGUCUCUCUUUGCUUGUCUGAAAACGACGACGACGAUGAAACCAGACUCGAUCCGGAGUACAGAAAUGUCGAGUUCUUGAUCACUACAGGACCUGGUCCUUGUCCGCAGCUCGACGGUGGCAACAUUGUCUUCGGAACUGUCCUUGAAGGGUUAGAUGUGGUGACUAGUAUAGCUGCAGUGCCAACGUUUAAGCCGUCAGAGAAGAUUCGACAGUUCAACGAUUUUGCAGAGUUUCUGGGAGAUGAAAGAGCUCAGAACGCAAGAUCAUUGUGGAACAGACCUCUCAAGACGGUUUUCAUUAGUGACUGUGGAGAGCUUAAGGUCACUAAGCCUUCUCUCUCUCCAUCUCUGCCUUAAGUAUAUAUGAUGUGUGUCAAAUCUUUUCUUAUUUUGUGUUUAUAGUAAUCAUCUGCUUCUUCUACUCUCAACAAUUAUAAUUCAAUUCUACUCAACAGUUCUUCUGCUGGUUGCUAAAGAUUACGAUA